AGCAGAGCAACAAGCCAAAUCCUCUCUCAACUUCCUUCACCCACAUCAACCAUGCUCUCUCCCACAUUCUUCUACUUUUUCUCCACCACCACCUCCUUCUCUCCUUCAUCACUAACCCCAUUCCUACUUCCAUCUCUCAUCCCUCUCUCUUCCUCCUUUUCAUUAUAUUCCUCUCUAUGCAACAUGAAUCCCACUUGCAGAUUCUCUUUCUCCAAGCACACCUCUCCUCCGCGAUCCUGUCUUCUUCGAAAUUCCAAUCCCCUCCCGCCCCACAACACUUCCGCUUUUCUCUUCAACCCUCUACCGUCACCACCGAAGCCUUCAUUUACCAUUCUCAGGAUUAACAACUCCAAACUCACACACCCAUUUGCUACUUUAUCCUCUUUCGCCGAAGCCGAAGGCGAAGAGAAGCAGAAACAGGAGAUUCAGCUCAAUGGGCGGCAUCAGGUGAACGACGACGACGAUCACUUGCCAGGAAUUGCUCAAGCCUUCCACAUAUCUCCCAGCGCGGCUUAUGGGAUUUCGAUAUGCAUAGCAUUUGCUGCUCUUGCUUCUCCUUUCUUCAUGAAAUCCCUUGGCCAGGGAUUGGCUUUGAAGACUAAAUUGCUAUCUUAUGUUACCCUUCUGUUUGGGUUUUACAUGGCUUGGAAUAUCGGGGCCAAUGACGUGGCGAAUGCCAUGGGAACGUCGGUGGGGUCGGGGGCGUUGACGCUCCGGCAGGCGGUGCUGACGGCGGGAGUGCUGGAGUUUUCAGGGGCGUUGUUGAUGGGGACGCACGUGACCAACACGAUGCAGAAGGGAAUUCUAGUGACUAACGUGUUUGAGGGGAAACAUACUCUCCUUCUAGCUGGACUGCUCUCUUCACUUGCUUCUGCUGGUUCGUGGUUACAGGUUUCAUCAUAUUUUGGUUGGCCAGUGUCUACUACUCAUUGUAUAGUAGGAGCUAUGGUGGGGUUUGGUCUUGUCUAUGGAGGAUCUGGAGCAGUUUUCUGGGGAUCCCUGGCAAAGGUGACUUCUUCAUGGGUUAUCUCUCCGCUAAUGGGAGCAGCUGUGUCAUUUCUUGUCUACAAAUGUAUAAGAAGGUUUGUGUACAGUGCCCCAAAUCCAGGACAAGCAGCAGCUGCUGCAGCACCAAUUGCUGUAUUUCUUGGUGUUACUGGGAUUUCUUUUGCUGCCUUCCCUCUCAGCAAGAGUUUUCCUAUGGCUUUGGUUCAGGCUUUAGCCUGUGGAGCUGCCGGUGCUUUUGUGGUCGAUAGAAUCAUCAGAAAGCAACUUGGUCAUCUACUGGUCAAGACUACUAGCCGACAGCCUGAGCCAAAAGAGGACACCGCUCACAAAAACAUGGGUUUUCUCUCUGAUGUUGCUGGCCCAAAGGGUACUCAGUUAGAAAUAGUUUAUGGGGUCUUUGGGUACAUGCAGGUUCUCUCUGCAUGCUUCAUGUCAUUUGCUCAUGGUGGGAAUGAUGUCUCCAAUGCUAUCGGUCCUUUGGCAGCUGCAUUAGCCAUUCUUCAAGGUAAUAUCACGGGAACUGAGAUUGUUAUUCCGAUUGAUGUUCUAGCAUGGGGAGGAUUUGGAAUUGUUGCAGGGCUUAUGAUGUGGGGUUAUAGAGUUAUAGCUACAAUUGGAAAGAAAAUAACAGAACUCACACCAACUAGAGGAUUUGCCGCUGAGUUUGCUGCUGCCUCUGUGGUUCUGUUUGCUUCAAAGUUAGGGCUGCCUAUCUCAGCUACCCAUACUCUAGUUGGUGCAGUAAUGGGGGUGGGAUUUGCAAGGGGUCUUAACAGUGUUAGAUCAGAAACUGUGAAGGAGAUUGUGGCUUCUUGGGCUGUAACUAUUCCUGUUGGUGCUUUUCUUUGCGUCUUCUAUACCUGGAUCUUGACUAAGGUUUUGUCUUGUAUUUUAUGAGAGUACCUUCCAAGAUAUGAACAACAACGUAUGUGUGUGACCAUGAAGGACAGAUUUCUUGUGGUACAUAUCGGAGAAGAGGAUAGUGGGGUACCAGAUGUGUUCUAAACAAUGAGGCUCCUUAUGAUUCAUUAGUUGGGAGAGGGUACGUCUUUUAAGUUUCAGAUCAUUGCUCAAUACCUAAGCCUGGCGAGCUCGGUUCCUCUUGGGAUUGAAGAAACUAUCUCCUGCAGCGUUUUAUGACUCUGUAUCCGACAAAAGCUCAUCAAGAGUACCAAAUUUCAGGAGUGUAAAUAUUGAGGCCCAUCCACUGGGAAAAACCAUGCUUCGCAUGGAGCAGCCAUGUGUAAUUGAUAGUGUUUCCCCUUUUUUCUUCUAUCUUUAUUCUAAGUCCCUGAAUAAUGUUGAAAAAUUCUUCAUUAGUGUAAAGUAGCCCUGUUAACCAUGAAUUUUUGUUGAAGCCUAGACCGGCGCUUUGUGGAUUA